GCGCAGUGAGUCAGUGACAGCUGCACACAGCUCAUCUCAUAGAGCCGAGAGCCUACACCGGAUAACUAUAUUACACCUUUCAUUAUUUUUAAUUUCAACAGCGGCAUUCAGAGAAUUAGGCAUAUUUCACAUUUAGUGAUCCCCCAAAAUCUCGAAAGUUUUGAUUCAAGUUUUUACAAGAUGAGUUCUGAACUGGACGCUGUUGAAGAACGACUUAAACGAUUAGAAAAAUAUGUACUGGGGGAAGAUGUCCAUCGACAAGAUGAUGAACAGUUGAUAGAUACAAUGCUGGCUGUUUCACGAAAAUUGGCUAGUGUUGUUUCAAAAAAUGAAAAAGUAUCUUCUGCUCUGAAAAGAGCUGAUGAAGUCAAGAAAUAUGCAGAUCCUUUAUAUGCUGAAUCUGAUGGUUUUAUGCCUGAAGCUGUGAAGCUUCAGCUCCUACUAUCUAAGGAAGAGGAUAUGAAAGAAGCCCUCAACCACUUUCAAAAGAUGAAUUUGUUAAAACCCGUUCUUGAUAGUCAAGCGAUACAAAAUGUGCCUCAACUAGAAAGUCAACUUUACAAAAUUUCUUUGCUACAAGAAAGUCAAGAGAAAAAAGUGUCUAACCUAUCAGAUGAUACCUAUGCAUUGAUUAAGAACUAUAGUAAUUUUGUUAACGAUGUUUCACAAAAGUUAGCUGAGGUUGAAAAAUCAACAAGCAAAACAGAAAAGUAGCACAUAUGAUUUUCAAGUGUUUGUAAUCAAUUGUGCGGAUGAAUCUUCAAACCCCAACCGCUUUUGCUAAGCAAUUCUAUACAUUAUUAUUACUUAUUA